CAGAAGCUGCAGCUCUUGACCUUCUCGCUCUUCCUGGGUGUCUACCUGGCUGCCCUCCUGGGAAACGGCCUCAUCAUCAUCACCAUAGCCUGUGACCACCACCUCCACACCCCCAUGUACUUCUUCCUCCUCAACCUCUCCCUCCUUGACCUUGGCUCCAUCUCCACCACUGUCCCCAAAGCCAUGGCCAAUUCCUUGUGGGACACCAGGAACAUCUCCUUCUCGGGAUGUGCUGCCCAAGUCUUUCUGUUUCUCUUUUUUGUUUCAGCAGAGUAUUCUCUUCUCACUGUCAUGGCCUACGACCGCUACGUUGCCAUCUGCAGACCCCUGCACUACGGGACCCUCCUGGGCAGCAGAGCUUGUGUCCACAUGGCAGUAGCUGCCUGGGCCACUGGGUUUCUCAGUGCUGUGCUGCAUACGGCCAAUACAUUUUCACUGUCCCUCUGCCACAGCAAUGCCCUGGACCAGUUCUUCUGUGAAGUUCCCCAGAUCCUCAAGCUCUCCUGCUCAGACGCCUACUCCAGGAAGGCUGGGCUUCUUGUAUUUGCUUUUUCUUUAUCUUCAGGGUGUUUUGUGUUCAUUGUGGUGUCCUAUGUGCAGAUCUUCAGGGCCGUGCUGAGGAUCCCCUCUGAGCAGGGACGGCACAAAGCCUUUUCCAUGUGUCUCCCUCACCUGGCUGUGGUGUCUCUAUUUCUCAGCACUGGCAUAUUUGCCAACCUCAA